AUGGCACCAAGUGGGUUUUCGGUGACCAAGAGCAGGCACAGGUGGGGCCCUGCUUCUGCAGUGGCCACUCCUGACCCAUCUCCUGACUGUGAGCUUGAAGCCCUCAAGAGCAGAAGAAGACAAGAGAGUAGUCAACGAUACAAGGUUGACCAGUUACAAGACAUGGCAAAAAAGGAUAAUGAUGAAACCAUAUUGACGAAACAAAAACAGAAGAAGGAAAGGAAAAAGGCACCAGAACAUCCACCCCAGCUCUCUCCGCCUGAACAAAAGCCACCGCCUAAUAAGGCAGUGGCAGCCACAAAGAUCCAGGCCUGGUGGCGCGGGACGCUGGUGCGCCGCACGCUACUGCACGCAGCCCUCAGAGCGUGGAUCAUUCAGUGCUGGUGGAGGCAGACGCUGGCGAGGCUGCUGACGAAGAAGCGGCGGGCGGCGCUGGAUACCUACGCACGGCAAACAUGGGCGGCCAGCAGGCUGCAGGCCUGGGUACGCAUGUGGCGCAUCCGCCGGUGUUACUGUCGUUUGCUGAAUGCUGUCCGCAUUAUCCAGGUCACUUGGCGCUGGCAUAAUUGUCAUACCCGCGGCCCUUUCCGAGGCAGCUAUGAGCUCACAGCAACCCACCUAAGACUUCAGCUUGACAUCUUUCUGGGAUCACAGAUAUGUCGAAUUACAGACUGCAUCCCCUUCCCAAUAAAGAACUGA